AAAAAAGUAGUGAAAAAUCGCUUGCUAAGCGAAUGUAGCUAAAAGCAGAUUGCAACUGUAGAUAUAUCAAUAAAAAGGCGUCGCAACAAUAACAACAAUAAGCGCUAACAAUACUAAAGCAACUGCUGAAAAAAGCCAGCCUUAGAAGCUGCAAAGUGUAUUGCGUCGCGAGCUUAUCUCUCAAUAAGCAGAAUAAAGUGCAAAAAAAUAAAAAUAAAAAUAAAAACAAAGAAAACACACACAUAAAUUGCCCCAAAGACACAAGAAACAACAAAACAUUGAAUUUGAAGUGUGUGGAAGCAGAUCUUGCGGGAAAGUGCCACUUUGCAAUUGCACCUUUGGCCGUCGUUGAAGCGGUAACAACAGCAAGAGCUGCAGCAGUGGUAGCAGACGCCGCCGYGCCCUUUUAAGAGGCGCUUGGGAUCAGCAGUUACGCAGCKAGAACGCAGUCAAAACGGCGACCAUAACGAAUUCCACGGCGUUAGCGAUGAGCCAACUGGGCACCGUCUACGCGACAAAGCGUAGGCGACGCAAUGGCAAAAGUUUAAAGCCACCGCCCAAGGAUGGCGUCACCAAAAGUAAUCCAUCGAAACGCCAUCGCGAACGUCUCAACGCCGAAUUGGAUUUGCUGGCCUCGCUGCUGCCAUUCGAACAGAAUAUUCUCAGCAAAUUGGAUCGACUGAGCAUUUUAAGGCUGUCUGUUAGUUAUUUAAGAACAAAAAGUUACUUUCAAGUUGUUAUGCAUAAGGAUAAAGAGGAAAAUGGCAUGUUGCCACACAUACACACACACGCACAUGAUGGCUAUCGAACGCGCGAAUUGGGCGCCUUUGAGCAUGGCCUACUCGACGGUGAUAUGUUCCUGCAGGCCUUAAAUGGAUUUCUAAUGAUUCUGACAUGCGAAGGCGAGGUCUUCUUUGCCACGCACAGCAUCGAGAGCUAUUUGGGUUUUCAUCAGUCAGACAUCGUGCAUCAGUCCGUCUACGAACUAGUCCAUUCAGAGGAUCGUGAGGAGCUGCAGCGACAACUAUUGUGGAACUCAUUUCUUCCCGCCGACAUGUCUACCAUACAGCUGGCCGACACAUUGGCGCCCGACAAGGCGCUCUACUUGGAGCGUAGCUUCACCGUGCGUUUUCGCUGCCUGCUCGAUAACACUUCCGGCUUCCUGCGACUGGACAUACGUGGACGCAUCAAGAUACUGCAUGGCCAAAACCGUAAAACCGAAGAGCCACCACUGGCGUUAUUCGCCUAUUGUACACCCUUCGGACCGCCCAGUCUGCUAGAGAUACCGCACAAGGAGAAUAUGUUCAAGUCGAAGCAUAAGUUGGACUUCUCACUUGUCUCCAUGGAUCAGCGUGGUAAACAUGUCUUGGGUUACUCCGAUGCGGAACUAGUCAAUAUGGGCGGCUAUGAUUUGGUGCACUACGACGACUUGGCCUACGUGGCCAGUGCGCAUCAGGAAUUACUGAAAACUGGCGCUUCGGGCAUGAUCGCUUAUCGGUAUCAGAAGAAGAAUGGCGAAUGGCAGUGGCUGCAGACGAGCUCGCGAUUGGUAUACAAAAACUCCAAACCCGACUUUGUGAUCUGCACACAUCGUCAGCUGAUGGAUGAGGAGGGGCACGACCUGCUUGGCAAGCGUACAAUGGACUUCAAAGUGAGCUACUUGGACACCGGUCUCGCGUCCACUUAUUUCUCAGAGGCCGAUCAAUUGGUGGUGCCACCAAGCACCUCACCGAAUGCGUUGCCACCACCAGUGACACCGACGCGGCCAAAUCGACGCUAUAAAACGCAAUUGCGUGACUUCCUCUCCACUUGUCGCACCAAACGUAAGAUGCAACAACAACAACCACAACAGACGUCUUCACUAGGACAGGUCACCUCACCAGCGCCGGUAGUUGAGUAUCUGCCUGAUCCCGCUGUGGCUGUCGCCGCCGCCUAUUCAAAUCUCAAUCCCAUGUAUACCACCUCGCCCUAUGCAACCGCUGCGGAUAACAUCUACAUGGGCACCUCAGUGCACUCGACCAAUUUCUAUCCGGUGACCGAAAAUCUCUUCCAUCAGUAUCGGCUGCAGGGUGUUAGCAGCUACUACACGGACUAUCAUCACACGGGUGCGCCUGCUUCUGCCUAUGUGAACGGUUUUCUGCCCUAUGAUGGCUAUACGAUUGCGCCCAAAGAUGACAAGUGGCAGGAAACGGGGAAAUACUAUAGCGGCUAUAGUAGUGGGUAUGGCAGUCCUACAUCGACGCCACAGCAAGUUCCGCUGAAGACGCCGAAAUCCUCGCCGCACAUCAUGGAGGUGGUGUCAUGCUCAUCGGACGGACCGUCGCCGAUAGAUGGGAGUGCUGCCGCCGCCGCCGCUGCUGCUGCUGCGCAUGCCGCCAGAGUGGGCAACAACACAAAUAUAACGGUGAAUGGAGGCAGCGGUAGCGGUGGCAGCGCUACGCCAAAAGUAGAACUGAGCGCGACACAGCACGAUCCAUAUGAGCGACAAACUGUGCUCAUGUGGGGAUCACAAUCCAGCGGCAUUCCCAUUAAUAGCAUUGGCGGCGGCAGCAGUAGACGUCAUCACAGCAAUGCUGAACGUUCGCCUCAGGCUACCCCGCUGACCAAUGGACUUAGUUACGCUAACAACAAUAACAACAACAACGAAAAUGAAGUGGUAAGUGCCAAAUGGAAUGGCAGUGCCACCGUGAAGGAUGUCAAGAACGCUGCCACACCGGACAGUUAUCAACUGCAGCACGAUGAUUCGGGGCUGUAUUCCUCUUCCUCUCACACCACCUCACCGCAACAGCAGCAACAACAACAGGUAGCGCCCGCAACGCAACAGCAAUUGACGCAACGCCCCAGCGGCAAUUCGGUGGCUGACCAACAGCUCUCCAAUACCACUGCCACACAUUUGACGCACCCACAUACGCAGCAGCAGCAGCAGCACUUGCACACACACAUGCAACACGCAAGCGCCAGUGAUAUGAGCACCCCGACCACUGCUUCUGCCAACAAUCUGCCAUUGCACUCAACGCGCUUAGCGCCGUCAGAUAUCGGCGCGACACCAACAACAGCAGCCGCUGUAGCAGCGGCGGCGGCAGCUGCCUCAGCUGCACAUCAACAUGCACAGUCACAGCACGCAGCGGCGGCGGCAGCACAUCACCAUGCUCAUCAUCAUUCUCACGCGCACGCGCACGCGCACCCGCAUUCCCAUGCACAUGUGGCGCAUGCGCACACUCAUCCUCAUCACCAUGCUCAUCAUCACGCGCACGCGCAUGCCCACGCUGCUCAUGUAGCGGCGAACGGUAGUGAGGUAUUGCUCAACAACCACCACCAACAACAGCAGCAGCAACAAUUGGAACAAUUGGAACUGCAACAACUGAGCUACACCAACCAUUUGCAAACACUACCCGGUUGCAAUUCCACAGCUUCGUCCAGCUCAUCCCCGACGUGCCACUCCCCCACCGCCGCCAGCGGGUCAACAGCGUUAACUAACUCUGCUGCUGCCAACGGUCACAUUGCGCUCCUGAAUGGUGGCGGCAGCAAUGGCAGCGACACAGACAUACCAAGCUCGAGCUCAGCUACGACCGCUACAGUGUCCUCUGCCGCCGCCGCCGCCGCUGCUGCUGCUGCUGCUGCUGCCUACCAUCACCAUCACCAGUUGACAAUCAUAGCACCGAUAGUUAUUACACCAGCAUCGAUGAUGAACGGCGACAGUGCGCUGCCGCUAAGCACCGCUCUGCAGCCCAUACAUGCCAGCGAAGCUAUCACAACAACAGCAGCAUUAAAUGGGCUGGACCACAAUCUAACGCAGCGCGCCGUCACCUCGUCGCAACAGCACGCCGCGCAUCUGCUGUCGCACAGCGCGCUGGCCUACGCGCCCAACGCUGCCACAGCGACGUAUUUGAUUAGCGGCAGCGGUGGUCCAACCGUGCUCGGCGGCGGCGGCGGCACCAGUCAAGGCAGCAUUAUCAGCAACGGUAUUAGUGAUCAUGUUAUGGCCAACGGCAAUCCGCUAUGCUCCUUUUCGGAGGUGACCAACACGCUGCUGAAUCAGUAGGCGGUUUGUCUGCGCUUUUGACCUAGUAUUGCUGGGGAUGAAGAAAGGUAAUUGGUGAAUUGUUAUGAGUAAUGCAUAUUAUAGCAAGAGUACAGUGUCAUGCAAAGUUUAAUGUAGUAUACCAAUACUAACAAACGUUAUGGAAAUUGUCUGCACUGAAGAUGUUGUGGAACGAAGAAUAAUCAUUGUUGAGUUAUAAAAAUUAAAAUAGCGUACCCUCAGCAUAUCAUACAGAUAUAUUAACAGUCAUCUCAAAACUGUUUUAAUCARAUGUGGACUUAGCUCUUCAAACCUGGAUUACCUAUGUUAGCCCAUAUAUUUUUUUGAAACUGCGCUUUGAUUUCAACCUAAUCUACAAAUUUGUUUUCCUAUUACAAAAAACGUGUUUAACAGCCACUUUGAUAUAAACAAAAAUUUAACUGCAAUUUCGAAAACAAAAUUUAAUUAAUUUCAAAACCCCAGAAUUUAUUAUUUUCCAAUUUAUCUAAUUACAAAUUGAGCCAUAAUUCACAAACAGUUUUAUAAAUAAAUCUUUGAAGAUAUAACAAAAUUAUUACUUCUCCUUUAAUUUUGCACCAUUUCUUUAAAAAUGUAAUUUUUCCAAACCAAAAUUAGUCAAAAUGUAUGAAMAGUAAUUCCAAGUGCAGGAAAAUUAAAUAUAUAGCGGCAGAUUAAACACCCAACCAAGUUAAGAAUAUAUAAUAUUUUCUUUGUAAAUGCAUUGAAAUUAUAAACAAGUGAAAUAAAAACCGUUUGCCAAAGUAUAUACUAUCUAAAUCUUCCACCAACACAUUAUUGCACAAUAAAAUUAAUGUAUGCAUUGUUAGAAGCGAAAGAGGUAACAAACAUAAUUUUCGACUGCAUUCCAGCAUUUUCUAACAAAAGGCUUAUGACACGAACUUCGUGAGUCGCUUCAAAAUUUCAAGUAAAUCGGUAGAAUCUGGGCUGCCGUGACUUUCGUUUUGAAGAAGAGAGUUUCGACAAAAACGCAUUUAUAGUUUCUGUACCGGCCGAACCAGUUUUAAUACCGGAUCAGCUAAACACCUAUAUUAUGGAAGAUAAUUUCAAUUUUGAAAAAUCCUCUAGGGAACUC